GGGGACGAGGGCUUGUGCCACAAAUUGCAAUUUCAAUAUGGGUUGCGGUUGAAGGUUCACUUGUUGGAGUCAUGAAACGACAUCUGACUGCUUUGGUUGUUACUAGUAGCUUCUUGUUACUACUAGUAAGGCCCUUGCUCCUAGUAGCGAUGCACUUGUUCCUAGUAGCGACGCACUUGUUCACUGCUUUGAACAAAUAUGGACAAAAAUGAAAAGUUUGAUGCCGCACCGCCGACGACAUAUUUUUCCUCGGCCUGUUGCUGGCUUUUGCUUUCUACAUUCUCAGGUAGUGCAGUGCAUUCAGAGUUUCUGAAAAUGCGCCUUUGCUCUCCACGCAAGUUUGCAUCGAUCGAACGCUCUCUGCAGUGUGGCUUCGUCAGAGUCAAUUAGGUGUCUAUGAGUGCAUGUCGGAAAACAUUUUUACGCACACUGUGCUAUGCAAGUUCUUCGAACGAGGAAAAUGCAAUCGAGGAAGUGCUUGUUCGUUCGCGCAUGGAGUUGAACAUCUGAAGCAGAAGCCCGAUUUGACGCGGACGAAAUUGUGCAUCCUCUACCACCACGGCCAAUGUCCAGCGGGCGAGGAUUGCCAUUUUGCACAUGCGCAAGGGGACCUCCAAAAAUGCAGACCAAAGCGAGUGGUAAAGCCCGGCUUGGUGCGUCACAGCCACCCACAUGAGAGCUUGUUGGAGGAUGAGGACACGCCCAGAUGCGCGCAAUCUUCGUCCUCGAAUGUACCGACGUUGCAGCUGCCGGAAGAGCUGUGCUCGGAGUCUCCCACGGAGAAUUGCCCCGAUCUGGAAGAUGAACAGCUCACUGCCUCAGUAAAGAACACCUUUCUACACUUUGAGAGAGCCACUGGCAAGUUGCCGAGGUCCAACAGUUGGCCCGCCGUAUGGGAGACAGAAUGAAACAGUUGCCUGCUUCACUGCCCAAUACGGUUGAGUGCUGACAUUUCAAUCUCUUGACGUUUCAAGAUUCAUGAGGCCCUGUUGCUCCAGUUCCGAUAUUUUGGACUGAAGGCUCCAGCGGGAAAUGCACCAAUGUUCCUACUGCUUGGGCAUCCAGCUGAAGGUGCGAGGUUCAAAUGGUACAAAAACAGGCAAGUUGGGAAGAUUUGGGAAGCUCAUUUGCAAGUUGUGCAAAACAUAGGCCUGUUCGAGGUUCUAGUGAAGUUUCAUGGAGGACGGCCAGCUCUUCCACAUAAUGCAACAUCGAAUGGUAAAGAAUCAACAGCAACAUGCUCGACGACUUGGAGACUGCCCCCAGACAGGGGAAUAGACGCUGAGCGCCGGUCAAUUUCGCUCUGCACAGGUCUUUGGGCAACGAGGCGCAGCCUCUUGAGCAAGAGCUCGUCGACAUUGUUUCGCGAAGGACUUCCUUCGUGUCAAGCUAUCGUUAAGGCUGUGACAAAGCCAUCAUGAAACCUCCCGGCCCCUCACCGCAAGGUAUCUUGAGAAUCUUCUUGGAAGCUUGUUGCGAAGUGUUGGGAAGAAAAAAGUGUUUCCUGCUCAAAGCAUUAGUC